GAAUUUUUCCCCAGUGCCAUUCGAAUCGUGGUCGUGAAUGAUCGUUCCUAUAAUUUGAAUAAUGUUAAUUUGCCGAUGAUGGGACAACGCAUGCGCAGAGCGAUGCUCCAGAGGGAAAUCUAAUGUCAUAUCGUUCGAACGGCUUCGAAUGUCGCGUUAGACGGACGGGGCCGAUUUUGGUCUUAAUAAUUUCCUUGUUAAAUCAAUCUCUGGUACCGUCGUCCCACCUGACACGGCUUCGACUCCGAACUGUCGUCUGCGCCAGGAAAUUGCCAUUAAUAUCCGGAGUAUUCCCAGAUAUUCUUCCUUGAGCGACCUCGCGAUUCUUGUAAACGGUGCCGAGUUACGAGCAGUCGGGCGACGUUCCGGGAGAAUGGCAGAUAUCAAGCAGGAUUUGAAGACAGAAGACGGCGAGAAUUAUUCGAUGGGCAAUAACACGGAGCCGAAAAACAUGCAAGACCUGACGCAAUACGUGCAGACCCUGCUCCAAAAUAUGCAAGACAAGUUCCAGACGAUGUCGGACCAGAUUAUUGGAAGAAAUAUCCUUUUUGCGAGCCUUUUAGAAAUGACCAUCCUUAAUUAUUAAAUACUAGAUGAAAUGGGCAACCGGAUAGAUGAUUUGGAGAAAAACAUUGGCGACCUAAUGACGCAGGCAGGCGUUGAAGGAACAGAUAAAUAAUUUGUGGCCUGGAUAGCUGCAAACGAUGUGAAUCAUUUGAAUGAUUUACGUUAAGGCACUGGUUUUAAUUGAGCCAAUUACUACAUCACUCUGAAAAUGCUUUAUUUAUAAAGUGACUGUGCGCGUUCGUUAAGCGUAUUAAGUUUUGCACUGAAUGGAUAAUAUACACUUUUUUACAUAUAAA